AUGAACUCUCAUAUCUGUGAAAAGCCUCCCCUCCCCCACCGCUCGCCUCGCUGGGAGAUCCUCGCCGGGCUGCAUCUGCCGAGGCAGAACCCGGGAUGGGAACACUGUAUCUUUCAGGACAAAGUCGCCAGUGUGUAUGAAGCCCCAGGCUUUUUCCUAGACCUGGAGCCCAUCCCCGGAGCCUUGGAAGCCAUGCAGGCGAUGAACGCCAUGCAGGACACGGAGGUCUUCAUCUGCACCAGCCCUCUGAUGAAGUACGACCACUGUGUGGGCGAGAAGUUCCGCUGGGUGGACAAGCACCUGGGGCCCCAGUUUGUGGAGCGCAUUAUCCUGACAAGGGACAAGACGGUGGUCUUGGGGGACCUGCUCAUUGAUGACAAGGACACCAUUCUAGGCCAAGAGGAGAUCCCAAGCUGGGAACACAUCUUGUUCACCUGCUGCCACAACCAGCACCUGGCCCUGCCCCCGACAAGGAGACGGCUGCUCUCCUGGAGUGACAACUGGAGGGAGAUCAUAGACAGCAAACGGGGAGCCACUGGGACGAAGGCUGUGGACAGUCACUGAAGGAAGGGAAGGCAGGCCAGCAAGGACCCAGCAGAGCUGAGUGACAAGGCGGCGGCGCAGUGGUGACCCCAGUACUGGGGAGCAGGGAGACACAGUAACCUCUACUCUCACAGGCCAGCCACCUGGCACCUCCAGAGAUGGCUGGCAUGGGAAAUCAGUCAGGAACCUUUUAAUAAAACACUUUGGCGCACUGCU